AUGGCGGCGGAGACGACGGCGAGGGAGGCGGUGAGCGCCGCCCACACGGGCCAGCUGAGCGGCAGCGCCACGGCCGCCACGGGCGCCAGCGGCACCGGGCGCGGGGCCAGUGUGCAGGCGUUUGGAGUUCCACUUCUAAGGGUAUGGGUCUGGGACUUUGGGUCUGGGAUGUUGGGUCUGGAACUAGUGGAAUUGGAUCAGCUUAAAAUGAUUUUCAAAACACUGAAAAAUAAGAAAGCAAUAGUAACAAAUGGUUUAAAUAAUGAACUGAAAUGUGCUUCAGGAAAAAUUGCGGGCGAGGCGCGGGCGCCGGGCGGCAGCAGCGCCAGCACGCGCUCGUCGUCGGCCACCGGCAGGGGCUGCGGGUGCUCGGGGGGCAGCAGGGCGGCGGCGGCGCGGCCGGGGCAGGGCUCCGCGCGCGGCGCCAGCGGCAGGGGUUCGUGCCCCGGCGCGGGCGGGAAGGGCGGCGCCUGCACCAUCACGGGCACUCCCACGGACAGCGGGCCCGGCGCCUGCAACCAGCAACGGAGCGGCUCAGGAGAAAUGGUACAAACGUCUUCGCGCGCGUGGGUGGGUGGGUGGGUGGGACUGACCGAGGCGUUGGGAGCCGCCAGCAACACCCGCACGCAGCGCUCCGUGCCGAAGGCUCGCGCCACCAGUCGCGCCACCCCCUCCGCCGCCCCCGCCCCCGGCCGCGGCGGCGCGAGUCCGCCCCCGGCGCCGCUGGCCGCCAGCCCCAGCCACAGCGCCACCGCCAGCACCGCGCGCAUGGACGCCGUCUCUGCAACAGGGCGACAGCCGCCAAGCGCGGGGGCGGAGUUUUUGAAUUCCGACGCCAUGGUGUCUCCUGCGGGGCCGGGGGCGGUGGGCCCGUUGGCGGCGUGGCCGGGGGCGUGGCCGGGGGCGGGGGCUAGCUCCGACGCCGGCUCGCCACCUGCAUCGGGCGGCGGCGGCGGGGGGCUGGUGGGCAGGGACGCGGGCGGGGAGCGCAGGGCCGGGGGCGGGCUGCCGUCCCCGUCGCCGCCCGCGCCGUCGCCGUGGAGGUCGAGCGAAGGCGAGAUGUCGUCGUCGGCCGCCGUGUUGACCAGCACGGCGUCCAGCGCCGCCUCGCCGCCCGCGUACGAGCACGCGCACGGCCCCGCGCCCGCCGUCAGCGCCGCCGCCUGCACACGCGCACGCGAGCGUCAGACCCGAUCUUUUACACACCAUACACGCUACAUACACGCUAUGGAGAGGUUACUACGAGAAGGGACCGCGCGGCAGCAACUGCUUGGCUACUGCUGGCAACUAACUGCAGCCGGUGCAAACAAAGCAGCGGCAUCGGCGGCGGAGGGGGCCGUGGCGGCGGCCGCAUCGGCGGAGGCCGAGGCUGGAAUUUGCGCCUGUCAUACCGGCGCGAGCCAUUGUCACGGCUUCCCCCUCCCCACGUCCAAUUACCGCGAAGUGCGCGGAGCUGCGCGAGGUGGCGCGAGGUGGCGCGGCGUGGCCCGGCGGGGCGGCGAGCGCGAGCGCGGCGUUUUGCAACUUGCGACAUCUAAUAAUGCGCGGCGGCAGGCGUCGGGCGGCGGCCGGCGCCAGGCGGUGCGUCUCCAGGCCCAGGCCGCCGAGCCCCAGGCGCAGGCCGAGGCGGCGCUCGCGGCGCGGCAGCAGCCAGCAGCGCAGCGCCGUCAGCACCAGCCCCAGCGCCAUCAGCACCCCGCCCGCCGCCAGCAGGUAGUAGCGGUGGGCGCUGGCGUCGGCGCCGGGCUUCAGCUGCACCAGCCCCACCACCAGCAAGAUGGCGCCCAGCAACAGCGACACCACCACCACGUGCAGCACCGACACCUGCGGGGCAGAGCAACGGGAAAGGGAAGCGAUUGGCGCGUAUUCGGCGAUGGAGAAGAGAAGAGAAGAGGCAAAGAGAUGGUGAUGUUUCGAGAGUCGGAGUCCAUGUAG